GAGCCAAACCGCCUCGGAUGCCGAGUCGCUGACAGUUUCCAUCACCAACCUGGGAACAUCCAUCCCGGCCACGCUGAUUGAGACUCUGUGCCCCAAGCUUCAGAUCGCUGUUCUGAUGAACAGCAGACGCAAAAACGGAACCUAUCACGAAGCGCAAGAAUUCUGUCCACAUGUUGGAAUCCCCACCCUUCUUGUUGGCGACCAGGUCAGCUCGGGAGUCUUUCGAUCUUCCUUUCCCGCUCAAUCAAUUACGCUUCCGAAUCUUAGACUGUCUACGGCUCGGCCGCACACAACGAUACUUGUCCGAAAUCUAGCCAAUCUCCCUCCAUCCCACGACAGAGCAAGACAGGAAGCCGAUUCAUGGCAGAUGACCGAGAGGAAGAUUCUCCGUCGGCUUGGAAGACCCGAGGUUGGAGUCGUAGUCUACUUUCCCCAUGGGAAGCAAGAGCACAAUCUCGAAGCUUCCUGGCCUGCUCAUGAUGACAAACAACUUAAUUUCGCAUUAGAAUGCCAGGGUGAUCGUCUCUACCGCGGAAUUCUUGUUUUCUCUCGACCAGGGGCAACUCCCAGCACCGUCGGAAUCGUAUUUGUGGCGCUGCUCGACUCUCGCGACCUACUCUCGGAAUGGACAUGCAUCAUCGUAGAGGCGAGCAGGUUAGAAGGAGUCGCCGGCAAUGAUUCCGAGCUGCGGAGGCUUUCCCGUGAUGCCGCUGCAGGGAUCGAUGACUGGACUCGCAGGGCUGAAGGAGGGAAGGGGCCCCGAUAUCGUGUGGAGCUGGGAAAUGAGACCUACUCGGUCAGGUUGAUAGAUCAUGGAGAGGUCGACGGACAUGCCUCAGUGUCGUACGGAAAGGAGCACGUCAUAAUGGCGCAGGUCGAGUUUCUAAUAUCUUGACCGAGUUCGCUGCUGAGCCGUUGCUUAUAAUUAUGCUAUUACGAUACAAAGUCUAUAUUCAAGAUUGACGACUUCGAUUUUGU